GCUAGGAGGACGAUGACGAGCGAGCUGAACGUGACCAAGGUCGAGAGUUCGACCGGUACGAUGAAUUUCGUAUCAACGAUAUCAUCGUCCCUGUCGCCGCCCAGCGCGGUCGCAGCCGCGAUCAGCGCUGGCACAGCGAUUCCGACUAAUCCGUCCACGAUAGUAACGAUUGGAACCGCAACGGUAACCAGCACCGCUAAACCCGACCAUCACAUCUACAACGCGACUGGCUACCUCGCGGAACACGACGAACUCGAUCACAGUAUACUCGCUGGUUUCUCAGACAUACAGACCGUUUUUCUAGCGUGCAUCUCGACGUUGCUGCCGCUGAUCGUCGCUCUGGGAAUUGCCUUCGGCGUCAGGCACGUGUGGAGGAAAUAUCGGAACAGACGAGACAGCUCGAGUGGAUUGCCCUGGUACAGAAGUGUCUGCUCUCGAGACAAUACCGCCGAAUCCUUGCAUCAUCGGCCCCACUCGGGAAGCACGACCAUACAGUCCGCCACGAGGAUUCUCUCGGCCCAAGAUCUGGUGAACGGCCUCGACGGGUCCAGGUACAUCUGCGAGACCGAAGUGAUGGAGGAAGUGAACGUGGCGAACGCUGCCCCGGUCGAAUACACUCCUCCGCCAACGAAUCACACGAACAAAAAUUCGAAUGGGAACAUCAUCACCCUCACCCUCAAGAACAACCAUCUUAUCGUGGAGACUGAAGAAAGAGCGGUGACGAUGGAGGAUAAUAAAACUCGCAGGUAUCAAGAUAACGGGUGCUCGUUCGUGGUGGAGGUGCAGCCCAGCUAUCAGAACGAUGACACCGAGGCUAAUAAAGGAUCCUCCGACGACGUGACUGCGGGGGUCACCGACCAACAGGCGUUGGUACAUAGAGAAGAAAUCCCGGAGGAUCGAUCACCGGGCUUCGAGAACACGAGACUGUUCGGAAGCACGAACACCGGACUGUCCCAGUCGGAUCUCUCGAUCUCCAGCCAGGGCUCGGUUAAUCCGAGCUAUCGUUAUGGAAAUCAAGUCGAGUACGAUGCGGGCCAUCUGGGUUAUCCGAUGUACGGGGGUAGUUACGAGUCCGAUACGCUGUCCCGGAAACUGGAGGGAGGGUCCAAGUGGGUGGAAUUCGAUAAGUCGCCGGACACCGAGAAGACGUUGCUGAACGUGUCGAAAACGUCGAGCAUGGAGAAGGACGCGGACGAGAGUCCGUCAAUGGUGGGAAAACAGAACAAUCUGGACGCUUCGCAGGGAUCAGGGGGAUCGAUGGAUCAGCAGGAUUCAACGGACGCGAGCCUUUCUACGGACACAGUCCGUUCGAAUCCUAAUCUUCAGGUGAACGGCGCCACCCCGAACAAGCUGGAGAUCAUGGAGCAGAAGGCCCUCAGCAACGACUUUGGUAAAUCGGAGAACAAGCCCGUGAUAACGGGGGCGUUGCUGAAGGACGAUGUGCAGGAGGACACUUUCCAGGAGCAGCAACGGAAGCUCGGCAACGGGACCUUGACACCGGAGCACAAGGAGGAAAAGGCGAAGGAUCAGAAACCGGAAGGCAGCACGUUUGUGCCGAGUCACAAGCGUAGCGGGAGUAUCCCGCCGCGACUGAUCGAAGAGACUUUGGAACUCGAUCGGAAAAAAACGUUGGACAUUUACAGUCAGAUCAAGACCAGCACCAAGAGUAUACUACCCGGGCUAAGCCCCAAGUUCGAGCUUCUUCAGAACGAAGUGAGUCCCAUCGAGGAGAAGGAAAGUUAAUGGAGAUGGCUCAUUUUCCCUUCGUGAUCCGUCUCAGGU